UGGUGCAAUAAGCUAAAAUAAAACAAAUUUUUUUCUUAUUCUAACUAGUGCAGCAGUGCAAGAAUAAAAAACUAAUCUAAAGAACAGGCUUCAGGUAUCCUAAAUUAAACCAUAUCGAAAAUGUCAAACGUUUUUUUUUUUUUUUUUUUUUUUUUUUUUUGAGAGUUUAAUGUCAGAUCUACUUGCAGUAGAUAGCAACAAAUUGUUGUUUAACAUUUGAAUGAAUAGGUUAUGACAUAUGGAUGGUAGCAGCUUGUGUGAAGUUAGGCGAUGUUUGCAAGCGGGAAAUACAAAUCUCCAUUCGUAAAGUUUCGAUAUAAACUCAUUCAUAAUAAACGAUUUAUGAUAAAUUCUGCGGUUUUAGAAUCUAAAAUUUAUAAUUCUAAAAUUAUAUUCCGGUGAAAAUAAAAAUCCGAGUGUAAGUCAAAUGUAAGAAGAGAGUGAUAAAAGUGUAAGCGAAACUUUUAUGAAGCGUCAAUGCUUUCUUUUACAUCAUUGUUUCAAUUUACGUUUUAUUCAGAAAUUUUGUUUACGUUUCUAUUACUUUCUCCUUGCAUUCUACUUUUGUUCCAAUUGAUAUUUUUUUUAAGGUAUGAACAAUUAUACGAACAAUUAUUUCAACAUAAUGAAUUUAUUAUUAAAGUUAAUAUAUAAUUUUAUUAUUUAUAUUAAAAAGGUAUUCUAGUAUAGAGUGCACAAGAAGUUUGUUUACUUUUGGAAAAUUUUUUAAAUACUGCUACAUAGCUUUCUAUAUCUUUAUACUUGUAUAUAUUUAAUAAAUAAUUUAAUCUACAAAUUUUGAUAUAGUUAAAUGUUUAUCGAUUUUUACAUUUUAUAAAUUUCAAAACACAUUUUUUAAGUUAACUGACAUGAUUUUUUUUUUAAUACUGGAGUUAAUUGGUUUUAACGUUUACAUAUAUUAGUAAAGAUUAUUGACUUUUGGAGAAAUCGUGUCAGCCAACUUGAAAAAAUGUAUUUUCCAAUUUAGAUAAUGUAAGAUAAUAAAUAUUUUAUCGUAUACAAAUUUAUAAAUAUUUAUUAAAUGUAUAUCUAGAUACUUAGAUAUAUAAAAAUAUAGAAAAAUAUGCAGCAGUUAAAAAAAAUAGAUCACUUCUGUAGACUAAUUUUUAUCAUUUGUAUAGCAAAACAUAUACACAUACAACACAUACAAUAUUUCUAUGCUGUUUAAAUAACUUUCACUAUUAUCAGUUUAUAGGUAACAUACACUCUAUAAUUUUGGGAUUAUAAAUUUAGUUAGAAAGUUAUAAAAAUUUGUACGAUUUAUAUAAUAUAAAUUUGUAAAUUAUUAAUUCUUAAGUAUAUGAUAAUAAUUGUUAUUUUGCUAUAUUAUAAUGAUUAUUUAGUAAAUAUAUUUUUAUGUAUUAUAUGUUAAUAAACAUUGUGAUUGUUUAGGUCUUUUUAACGAUACGUAGAAAAGAUGAUCGUUAAUUAUUCCAACAAUUUGUUGAAAAAUAUUCAUGAAAAUUUAACCUUACCAGAUAAUGGCGAGACAUACUUGGUGCAAGGAGAUUACGAGUAUUGGCAUUAUGGUUGCGACGGUUUUAAUGAUAGGGGUUGGGGAUGCGGAUAUAGGACACUUCAAACUAUUUGCUCAUGGAUUAUAAAUAAUGAGAAUUUAGAAAAAAAUGUUCCAAGCGUUAGUAAAAUACAAGAGAUCCUUGUCGAGGUGGAGGAUAAAGACAGAUCGUUUAUCGGAUCGAGAGAAUGGAUAGGAAGCUUUGAAGUAUCCGUUGUUUUAAAUCAACUUUACGAAAGUCUUAGCAAAAUAAUUCACGUCUCGAGCGGGAAGAGCUUGAUCGACCAAGUGGAUAACAUUAAAAGACACUUUGAGCGAUUUGGCAGUCCAAUUAUGAUGGGUGGGGACAGAGACUGCUCUAGCAAAUGUAUAGUAGGAUUGCAUAUCGGAAACGAAAGUGUGUAUCUGUUAAUUGUGGAUCCGCACUUUGUCGGAAGAGCGAAAAGUGCGGAGCACUUGAAGAAAGAUCAAUGGGUAAAGUGGCAAAAUUUGACUGAUUUCAUCGAUAGCUCAUUUUACAAUCUGUGUCUACCGCAACUCAAGUACCGUGGACUGGGCGAUAAACAAUAUUAAAUAUUGCAUAUAAAACAAAUGUAAUAAUGUAGAAAUGGAAAUGUAAAUGUGAGAUUAUAGUUUAAUAUAAAAUAGAGAGGUUGAACGUAGACAAAUAGAUAAAAGACAAAUGUAAAAGAUAAUGAAAUAAAAAAGAUAGUAAUAGC